UCUCAAAUCUCAAUCUUUUGCUCUUCAAUCCAAUAUAACCCACGAAGUUCUCUGCCCGCAAUCCAUUAACCCAAAACCCACGACCCGCAUCUCUCUCGUCACGCGACUCAAACCCUAGCAACCUUCCCCAACCUGAGGAAGAGGAAAGAGAUGAAAACGCAGGUCAGUGAAGCACAACACGAAGAUGCAAUUUGAAAGCAACUCAACUCAUCCUGCUCCAUCUUCAUUUUCUAGAGAUUGAUUUUUUUUUUAUUUUGUGAUUGGGAUCAAGGACCAUUGAUUUUUCUUAUAGGGAAAACCAUGAAGCUUUCCUUCUCUCUCCCUUCAAAAUCCUCAUCGAAAUCGAACCCUAUCAAACCCCCUUCAACCAAACAAGACGAUGAUGCAAAAUCCAAAGACUUGAUCACAGAAUUCGACCCUUCAAAACCCCCAACAGGUCCCAAAUCUCAAACCGUCAUCAUUCCCCCAAUUCAAAAUCAAUGGAGACCAUCCAAGGAUAGUGAUGAUGGUGAUGAUUAUAGGCAUCGAGUUCCUCCGCAGAAGGUGCUGCUGCAAAAGUUUAAGGAUGAUUUGAAGAGGUUGCCGGAUGAUGAGGGGUUAGAUGAGUUUAAGGAUGUCCCUGUCGAGGGUUUCGGCGCGGCGCUGCUUGCUGGAUAUGGGUGGUCUGAAGGGAUGGCAAUCGGGAAGAAAGCAAAGGAGGAUGUGAAGGUGGUGCAAUACGAGAGGAGGGCAGGGAAGGAAGGUUUGGGUUUUGUUGGUGAUGAUCGUCGGAGUAAGAACAAGAAGAAAGAUAAGGAGGAAGGCGAAGGAGGAACAAAGGAGAGUGGGAAGAUCGUUAGAAUUGUUGGGGGAAGAGAUGCUGGAUCCAAGGCUAGUGUUGUUAGGAGUAUUGGGGAUGAUUGGCUUGUUUUGAAGAUUUCCAGGAACGGAGAGCAAGUGAAAGUGAAGAUGGAUGAUGUUGCUGAAUUGGGGUCCAUAGAAGAAGAGAGGUGCUUGAAGGAAUUCAAAAUUCAACGUGAUGAUAAGGAUAAAGGGUUGAAGAAUAAGCAUAAGCAUGAUAGGGAUGAUGAAAUGAGAGGGCACGGCGGGGUUAAGGUUCAAGAGAAGAAGAGAGUGGAUGUUAAUGGGGAUCGUAGGAAGGACGAACAGGGGAAGAGAAAGGUUUCUUGGCUUACAAAUCACAUUCGGGUUAGGGUGAUUAGCAGAGAUUUCAAAGGGGGGCGGUUAUAUUUGAAGAAGGGAGAGGUUUUGGAUGUUGUUGGGCCUAGUACUUGUGAUAUAUCUAUGGAUGAGAGCAAGGAGAUCGUUCAAGGGGUAUCCCAAGAUCUUCUAGAGACGGCUAUCCCUCGGUGUGGGGGACCGGUUCUUGUACUGUAUGGUAAACAUAAGGGUGCAUAUGGGAGGCUGAUUGAGAGGGAUUUGGACCGCGAAAUCGGCAUUGUUCGGGAUGUUGAUACCCAUGAGCUCCUCAAUGUGAAACUUGAACAAAUUGCAGAAUAUGUAGGGGACCCAAGCUUCUUGGGACAUUGAUUCUGUUGUAUCCAUUGCAGUGUAAGACUUCCAUAUAUGGAGCAACAAAUUUACAAGUUUGCAUCUUGAGAGUCCCAAAUGCGUUUUCUUUUUUUCUUUAACACCCAGAUAUAAUUUUAGGAUUAAUUUGUAUGUGUUACUUGGCAACUUUUCAGAUUGAAGCUUUUUAUUUUGGAGGGUUGGUUUUCAUAUAUUGAUUGAACACUAGUGUCAGACAAAUGACUUUCUGUUUUCUUAGUUUUGUUAACUAGUCAUUAUCUAUGUAAAU